CAGACGUCCUUUCGUCACUUGACGUGUUGCGUAAGCAGUCAGCGCUUGCGCCCGUUGCACAAUCCAGGCAAGGUCGUAGCUAGCUAGCAUUGCAAGGAGCCUCUCUCGCUAAAAAGAUGAUGUCCCUUGCCGCUCGUUCGGGGGCAUUUUCCCCAUACUUGCAGGCUACGAACUAUGCAGUUGCUGGACCCCUCAAAGCCCUUAUUCCAGGGGUGGUUGUAAAAGGAGAAAAAGUGUUGGUAGACACGAAGAAACCUUUCCUGACCCGCGAGUCCCUGAACGGUCAGAGUCCCAAGACUGGGCCUGCAGUAUCAGUUAGCAUAAAUGGUAAGUAGCUAAGCAAGCUAGCUAGCUAACAGUAUCUAAUGGCUAACGUUAGUAAUCGUGUUAUUUGUUUUACUUGUGGAAAAGUCAUUGACAUAAGAUGUUAGGACGUGCAGUUGUAUUUUACCAAAGUCCAGUUGAUAUGCUGUAUAAUCUGAGGAUUGUUUAAUAAAUUAGCCUAGCGUUCAUUAGCUCGCUAAUGUUAGCUGUGUAGCAUUGGCUAGACGCGGUCGAGUAGCCAGCCAGCUAGUUAACUAGCUAACUGGUAGCUGACUGCGAGGUCAGGACCAAACGGGUGUCCAUGAUGAACGAGGCUAGGAUGUAACUAGCAGGAGCAGCACCGCAGUAUGGGGGCACAACGUUUGCACUGCAGCGAAGACAGUACAGUAUGAAGAUGGGCAUAAACUGCUUCUCCAAUAGAAAUCCCAGAUCAUGCUUGUAAGUGACGCCAUGUUGACGUGUACUAGUCAAGCAUGCACAGAAAACGUCAUUGCGUAUAACACUUCUCUCAUUGACUUCGCAAACCCUGGCUUGGUCUGUUUUGCAAGCGUUCCCGGAAGUCUCGUGAUGUUGCGUCUCUGGGUUUAGAAACUCUGUUACUGCAGUCUGGGGUCACAACCUGGAUAACUAACUAAAUAGCUAGCUAGCUGCUACCUUUACUGAUGUGUAGUAAUGUCGUAUUUUUAUCAUUCAAGUUAAGAUAACAUUACGUAACCCAUACAGGUGGGUCUUAGUGAUGAUAGCCAGUAGAUUCCGACCCUACCAUUACUCUUGUUUACACUGAGCUGCACUGGGGGUUCGGAAGCAAUCAUGGAUAUAUUAAGGCACCAUGGAGCCGGCUUGAGAUAUGGGUCGGAAAGCUUACCUCUAUGCAGGGAUGGGAAAUGCAACUGCACUCCAAAUGUUACCUUAAUCCACACUGAUAGAUCAAGAAGAUUGAAAUACUGCUUGUUUUCCCAGAAAACUGCCCUUUUCGUCCUCAUGAAGAUUGGAAUGGCAGUGUCAACCAAUCAGCAUCUUUUGUUGUUCAAAGCGAUGCGCCAUUCCAUAAUGGCUACUGCUAGCUAGCAUGAGGACGAAACUGUAGUUUUCCGGGAAAACUAACAGUAUUUCAAUCUUCUCGAUGUAUCAGUGUGGAUAAAGGUAAAAUUGAGGACCGUGGCAUAUUCCAUCCAUGCAUUGAGGUGCGUUUUCUGACCCAUAUCUUGCACCGUCUCCAGUGUCUUAAUGUAACCAUGAUUGCAUUCUGACCCCAAUGCAGCUCAGUGUAAACAAGUGUAAUGAUAGGGUCGGAAUCUGCUGGCUAGAGUGAAGAGUGUUUUGUUGGUCACUAGUUUAACCUGACAUUUUAGCUAGGGAGUUGGUAGCUAACUACAUGUAGGUCAAGGGUGUAUUCAUUACGCAGAUUUUGUUGUAAAAUGUUUAGUCUGUUGCAAAACGUUUUGCAACAUAACAAGAGUUUCUAUUGGAAAAAUUCAGGAAGGUUUCGUUACGUUUGCUCUGUUUGGUUCUUAAACGUUUUCGGUUGCAAGACGUAAUGAAUAUGCCCCAGCUAAUGGGCUAGCUAACUUAGAAAGCUUGCUAGCUAGCUACUUUGUUGAAUAUUUAAACUUGACUCAAACAAUCUGUUCAUACAUUUUCUAUCUAACUAGCUAUUGACUUGAAUGCAUCUGCUGCUAUAAUGUGCCCUCUGGUACUUUCCUAUCACAUGCCAUUGUCUAUCUCUUAAUACUGUUUUGAUUGUUUAUCUAAUGGACAACUUGUUUUAUUUUUCAGCAAAAGCUGCAGUCCGCUUCGCUCACACUGACAUCAAGGUGCCAGAUUUCUCUGAUUACCGUCGGCCUGAGUUGCUUGACCCCAAGAAAUCUUCUCAGGAGAGCAGCGAGUCCAGAAAAACCUUCUCCUACCUUGUCACCGGGGCCACAGCCGUGUUGGGUGUCUAUACAGCCAAGACCGUGGCCACACAGUUUAUCUCUUCCAUGAGUGCCUCAGCUGAUGUCCUGGCUAUGUCCAAGAUCGAGGUCAAGCUGGGAGAGAUCCCAGAGGGCAAGAAUAUGACCUUCAAGUGGAGGGGCAAGCCUCUGUUCAUCCGCCACCGGUCUGAGAAAGAGAUUGCCGCAGAGGAAGCUGUGGAUAUGGCUGAGCUUCGUGACCCCCAGCACGACAAGGACCGCGUCGCCAACCCAAAAUGGAUCAUAGUCAUCGGCGUGUGCACCCACCUGGGCUGUGUACCCAUCGCCAAUGCUGGUGACUAUGGUGGAUACUACUGCCCUUGCCAUGGCUCUCACUAUGAUGCCUCUGGCCGCAUCAGGAAAGGCCCAGCCCCACUCAACCUGGAGGUGCCCUACUAUGAGUUCCCAGAUGAGGACACAGUAAUUGUAGGCUAAAUUGUUGGACUGAGAUCACAGAUCAGUAUGUUCAGUAUGUUUCUGUCUG